UGAGCUGGUCACGUGGUAACUACCAGCGGAUUUUAAUAUGGCGACGGUCAGAAUGUACACUUAACAUUAAAUAGUUUCACCGUAUUUACUACUGGGACUUUAUUAUACCAGUGCAUGACGGGCCACUGCCGAUAUUGCCCGGUAACGGUGCACGAUUCCCCGGACGAGCAAUGUGUCAUUGAUGGGGUGUCGGGAUACGGUCGUGUUCCGUUUGGCGUCGUCUGUUUGCCAGAUAACUGUCUUGACGUCGGUACUGUACGGGGGGCGGAGCCAGAGAGAUAGUCCCGGUGUUAAGUGCUAUUGUUUAUAUGCAGCGGUGACAGACAGACAUACAGCCUUUGGUCAGAUGUCAUGUUGAUGUGUGGCCUUCCUGCAUCGUAUGAUAUCAUCAUGGACAGACAGGUGAAGACCACUCCCAGCUGGUAGAGGUAACGGGACGCAGACAGACAGACAUACAACCGUCAGUGUCGUGGACUGUUACUCCCAGCGAGUAGAGGGAUACAGACAGACCGACAGACAGACUGGCUAUCAGGCAGACAUCUAGCCUAGUGGAUGGACUUCCUCUGACGUCAAAGCUGACCCAAGCCCGGUCCGGAGAAAGAUGAUUGGUGCCCCAGACGUGGUGGCGUUUACUAAGGAGGAUGAUUUUGGGGAGGUAGGGUACCCCAACCCCUGGGUGGUGCCAGAAGAGUUCUCUGUCCCUCUGUUCCCAUCGAAUAACAACGCCAACCCCUGGGCCAAGACGUCAUACGCCAAGUUCACUAAGGACUUCAUCCUCAUAUCAGAGUUCUCUGAGCAGGUGGGCCCCCAGCCUCUUCUCACCAUUCCUGACGACCCGAAGGUGUUUGGGACCUUUGACCUCAACUACUUCAGUCUGAGGAUCAUGUCUGUUGACUACCAGGCCUCGUUCGUAGGACAUCCCACCGGCAGCGGAUACCCACGACUCAGUUUUGUGGAGGACUCCAGGGUGGUUCUGGGUGACUCUAAGGAGGGGGCGUUUGCCUACGUUCACCACCUGACGCUCUAUGACCUGGAGGCCCGGGGCUUCGUCCGCCCGUUCUGCAUGGCCUACGUCUCUGCCGACGAGAGGAAGAUCAUGCUGCAGUUCCAGGAGCUGUCGCUCCUCUUCUCCCGCGCCUCCGAGUGCCUGAAGACCGGAAACCGACGGGCCUUCGCCCGCGAGCUGCAGAGGAAGCUACGUGACCUGGAGUACACACGGUCUGUUCUGCAGAAAGAGGAGGGGCUUCAGCGGGAGGCGGGGCCUCAGGGGUGUUACUCCGCCCGCGCGGUGGACAAGGCCAACGAGCUUGCGGCGAUGGAGAAGAGUAUCUACGAGCACCGAGACCUGCUGAGGCAGAUCACCUCGUACCCCCUCCGCCCUCGCCGAGACCCCCACGCCGCACACUGUCAACACUGUGUCACCGAGUCACAGAGACGCAGAGACGCGGCGCCCGGCCCCGACCGUGACACGGGGGAGGAGGCGGGACAGAGGAGGCAGUCCUACACCCCGCAGCUGAUCAAGGGGAAGUCGGCCAAGUGUUUCGCCAAGCGCCUGAAGAACCUGACGGAGUUGUGCGAGGAGAGGUUCUACGAGGCCACCGUGGAACUACUCAACACCACAGAGCGGUGUUUCCGGGGGGACUUGUGUUACCUGUACACCCGCCGCCUGGACCGAGCGCUACGCAGGAAGCAGAACGUCACCAACUUCCUGUUUGAGGAGGAGCUAGGGGAGGAGGAAGAGGAAGUAGCGGUGCUGGGAAGAAUCUUCUGUUCUCUCAACCACACAGUGGGGACGGACUCACACACACACACUCCUUCCAUCGUGCUUUGCCCCGAGCCACCGGAGUCUGUGGAGGUUCUGGAGGUGAACCCUCCCUGCCCUGAUAACUCUGCCCAGCAGAGUGAGGCCCUGACCGGGGAGGAGAGGCUGGAGUCGUCACUCUCUGAUCUGACCAUGGAGACGCAGGACCAGGAAAGCUCUGAGGAGAAUAAGGACAGCUUCAGUAGUGACAGGAGUGGAGGAGAGGAGGAGGAGGAGGGACGGGAGGGAGGAGAUCAGACCCCUGUUUUUCUGCUGGAGGCUGAGGAGGGGGGCGAGGGUGAGAGACACCGUGUGUGUGAGAGGGAGGGAGAGGCAGAAGGAGUGUCUAACAGAAAGAGGGAGGGAGAGGCAGGAGGAGUGUCUAACAGAAAGAGGGAGGGAGAGGCAGAAGUGCUUGGGAGAGAGGAGGGAGGGGCUGAGACAGAGGAGGGAGGGGCUGAGACAGAGGAGGGAGGGGCUGAGACAGAUGAGGGAGGGGCUGAGACAGAGGAGGGUGAUGGACAGAGAGUUCCUGAUCCUGAGUUACUGGUCCAGAUGGACACGGCCUGCUGCAUGUCUCAGGAGGGCUUCCUGUACAACUCCUCUCCCCCAGACAAGCUGCCUGCUUCUGGGCUGCAGCCCGGCUCUCUACCCCUUCCCCUGGUGGUCAACCAGGAGCCCCAGGCCCUGCUGCCGGUCCAGGGGGACUACGGCCUGGGUUCCCCCCACUGCCAGAGCCCUGGGGCUGGGCUGGACCUGCCCGUCUCCUCCUCGGGAGAUACCACCUCCAGGGGUUCGGACCAGGACGGGUGGGACUGUACCAUGUCAGCGUCUACGGGGUCCGAACGGGCCGGCUCACCUCUGGGGUACGGGGGGUUGGUAACGCUGAGGCAGAAGAAGAGGGCCGGGCAGGGAGCGCUCAGGUUUGUGCGUCAGUAUCCGUUUGCCCUGCAUGCCCUGUGGUCCCUCCUGAGUGGUCGAACCCUGGUGGUCCUGGGAUCUGAGGAGGGGAGGGUCAGGAGGCUGGUGUCCGCUCUGGCCCUCUACGUGCCUGGACCCGGGCGCUGUGGGGAGAGGGUCCAGCCCUGGCUCUCCUGCCCCUUCAGCCUCACUGACCUACAGAGAUGGAAACUCAUAGGACUGCAGAGGAUGGCGUCUCCCGUGGGGACCAGCAUGCUCUGCUCUCUGUCUCGCUACAGCCGUUACAUCUCCGUCCUGGACGCCGACCGGAAGACCCUCCGUUGCCCCGGCUACCGCGGAACCCUCCUGGCCAACGUGGCGGACCACCGAACACGUCUGCGUCGAGGUUCCACCUACUUCCUUCAUCUCCAGAACGUGCUCAGUAGACUGGCUUCCCGGGCCUUCCUCCUUAGCUUUACGCAUCACCUCCACCUUCCCAUCAGCCACCUGGAGGAGAGACGGGAAGUGGAGGAGAGGACGAGAGGCUUCCUGAGGGAUCAGCUCAGGCUCGGAGAAGACGACUGUUCCAUCCUGAUGUACCUGAGUCAGCUGAUCACACAGCAUUACCUGGACAGUACCUCAGGAGGAGCCGUUACGACACAACCCCACCUGGAGAAGGAGAACACACCUAGAACCACACAGCAGGACCUGGACAGUACCUCAGGAGGAGCUGUUACUACACAAACCCACCUGGAGAAGGAGAACACACCUAGAACCACACAGCAGGACCUGGACAGUACCUCAGGAGGAGCUGUUACUACACAAACCCACCUGGAGAAGGAGAACACGCCUAGAACCACACAGCAGGACCUGGACAGUACCUCAGGAGGAGCUGUUACUACACAAACCCACCUGGAGAAGGAGAACACACCUAGAACCACACAGCAGGACCUGGACAGUACCUCAGGAGGAGCUGUUACUACACAAACCCACCUGGAGAAGGUCAACACACCUAGAACCACACAGCAGGACCUGGACAGUACCUCAGGAGGAGCCGUUACUACACAACCCCACCUGGAGAAGGAGAACACACCUAGAACCACACAGCAGGACCUGGACAGUACCUCAGGAGGAGCUGUUACUACACAACCCCACCUGGAGAAGGAGAACACACCUAGAACCACACAGCAGGACCUGGACAGUACCUCAGGAGGAGCUGUUACUACACAAACCCACCUGGAGAAGGAGAACACACCUAGAACCACACAGCAGGACCUGGAAGCUAACAACAUACUAGACCCUACCACUGGGGGCACUAUAAACUCAGAGCAGUACCUAGACCCUACCACAGGGGGUGCUGUAGACCAACAAGACCCUGAGUCUAAUACUGGAGGCAGACUGAAUACAGGGCAGUACCUAGACCCUACCACUGGGGGCGCUAUAACCCCAGAGCAGUACCUAGACCCUACCACUGGGGGCGCUAUAACCCCAGAGACGGGCCUAGACCCUACCACUGGGGCCGCUAUAACCCCAGAGCAGUAUCUAGACCCUACCACUGGGGGCGCUAUAACCCCAGAGCAGUACCUAGACCCUACCAUCCAUCAGUCUGCUACUAGGAGCAGAGCUCCACCCAGCUUCACCUUUAACUACACCACCAGUCUCCUAUACAAGAUCUGAUCUGAAACACUGACUGGGAGUCGAACAUCCUCGAGAGCCUUCAAGUCCUCUCUACUCACCUCCUCAAAACAACACCGGAGGAGACAGAUCUGCGGUAGAUUCACUCUGGGUUGGAGAUGGGAGGACCCAUCUCUGUCUCCUAGGUAACCAGGAGAGACUGGAGGGCCUGUCUCUGUCUCCUAGGUAAUCAGGAGAGACUGGAGGACCCAUCUCUGUCUCCUAGGUAACCAGGAGAGACUGGAGGGCCUGUCUCUGUCUCCUAGGUAACCAGGAGAGACUGGAGGGCCUGUCUCCUAGGUAACCAGGAAAGACGGAGGACCCAUCUCUGUCUCCUAGGUAACCAGGAGAGACUGAGGGCCUGUCUCUGUCUCCUAGGUAAUCAGGAGAGACUGAGGGCCUGUCUCUGUCUCCUAGGUAAUCAGGAGAGACUGGAGGGCCUGUCUCUGUCUCCUAGGUAACCAGGAGAGACUGGAGGGCCUGUCUCUGUCUCCUAGGUAACCAGGAGAGACUGAGGGCCUGUCUCUGUCUUCUAGGUAACCAGGAGAGACUGAGGGCCUGUCUCUGUCUCCUAGGUAAUCAGGAGAGACUGAGGGCCUGUCUCCUAGGUAACCAGGAAAGACGGAGGGCCUGUCUCUGUCUUCUAGGUAACCAGGAGAGACUGGAGGGCCUGUCUCUGUCUUCUAGGUAACCAGGAGAGACUGAGGGCCUGUCUCUGUCUCCUAGGUAAUCAGGAGAGACUGAGGGCCUGUCUCCUAGGUAACCAGGAAAGACGAAGGGCCUGUCUCUGUCUUCUAGGUAACCAGGAGAGACUGGAGGGCCUGUCUCUGUCUCCUAGGUAAUCAGGAGAGACUGAGGGCCUGUCUCUGUCUUCUAGGUAACCAGGAGAGACUGAGGGCCCAUCUCUGUCUCCUAGGUAAUCAGGAGAGACUGAGGGCCUGUCUCUGUCUUCUAGGUAACCAGGAGAGACUGAGGGCCCAUCUCUGUCUCCUAGGUAAUCAGGAGAGACUGAGGGCCUGUCUCCUAGGUAACCAGGAAAGACGGAGGGCCUGUCUCUGUCUUCUAGGUAACCAGGAGAGACUGAGGGCCUGUCUCUGUCUCCUAGGUAAUCAGGAGAGACUGAGGGCCUGUCUCUGUCUUCUAGGUAACCAGG